AUGGUGGAUGAAAUCUCAUUGAGCGGUAUCGCCUAUAAAUACACAAAUUUUUGGUUUGGAUAUCAGAAAAGGUUUUUUAAAUUGAGAAAAGGCACCAUCUACUACUAUUUGUCGAAAGAAAACGAACGAGAUGGCUGUCGGAAGUUCCGAGUCCUAAAGAAUUUUAGAUUAGAGGUGAGCUUUGACCCUUGACUUGCUAUUGUAUGCUUUCAUUUUUAGUUUGACGACGAUCCCAACCGUCUGGACAUUUGUUUUCCCGAUGAACGAUGGGCUUUGCGGUUUUGUUCGGUUGAUGAGCAAAAUUUGUGGAGAGAUGCGCUUGAUGCAUUCUUGCAGCCGCAGAACUCGUCGAAGAUCCUUUCUACCGAACGUUGGGCAGCAAUGAACCGGGAUUUGGGUCCAGGUGAGUGUUUUAUAAAAGUUAUGUUGUUCAUGGUUUAGGUCUCCGUCUAAAACAAGAUGCUACACUGAAAUAAGGCUUGGUGUGGUCUUGAAAAUUGAUCUAGGACAGUCAAAAGUUCUCUUGGGUUCUAUUUGCUGCUAAAUUUUGGUUGGUCGACCUAUUUUUUGAAUGGAUUAUUUGUGAUCUAGUCUGAUCUAAAAUAAGGUCAGAUCUUUUACAAAUAGUAUUAUGGUUCCCCGGAAAGUAUUUAAAAAGUUUUAUUGUGGUUUCUAGUUUCUGCUAAGCGUCAAAUAUGGGGUUUAACUCCAAACUUUUAGCGCGAUAAUAUCCAUGGUAUAGGCUAAUCUAAAAUAAGGUCGAAUUUUUUAAAAAAGGUGGAGGUGUUGUCUAAAAGGUAUUGUCUGACCUUAAAUACAGUCUACUAUGUCUAUUGCUGUCAAAAAAUUCUUCCAGAAUCCUCUGAAAAGCCCGAUUCCAACCUAAUUACUCGAACCGACUACCUGUCCGAGCCAACCUACUCGUUCACCCCACACAGAUCGGUUGACCUCGAUCUGCAUCGUCUCGAACACAUGAAGGAGUCCCUACCGCAGCAAUUUUCGCUCGUCCACGAAGUUUUGUCGAAGAUUGUGGAGACCCGCGCCGCUCCCCUGGACUUGGCCAUUGUUGAACAGAGCGUGGAUCGGUGCAAACAAAUCGCCGAAUCGAUGCGCUAUUUGCAGUCCGUCCUGCCCCAAAUCCAGGUAUCCAUGGCCGAGGACGCAUUCGAGGCUCUGUCCUGGCCCACCACCUCCGAACAGGUCAUUAAAACAGCAAAGAAGAAAAAUUUUGGAGAAUUUUCGGGCUUUCCCAACCGGGGAAUAUGUUAAACUCGGGCUGAAAUGAGCUUCUCGGGCUUCUCUCUCUCGGUUUCAGAUAUAACUGCUUUGAGGCGAAAGCGCUGAUUAGAUCUUUCUCCAAGCCGAAAGCAGGUAAAAUAAAGUAAAAAUGAAACGGGAAUGGGGGAAAUCAAUGAUGAAUGAAGUCAGUAUGCUAUUUUUGGAUGGUUUAGACUUCAGAUUUUGUGAUAUCGAGACUAAAAAUUGAUUUUUUUCGCAAAAAUUUUGCCUAGUAUAAUAUAAUUGAAGAUUUUUUUAAUCUAAAAAGGUGGAUUUUCUGAUUGAGUUUGAGACCAGGCCGGCCCAGGGCUUUUUCAAAUUUGCUCAGGCCCGGCCCGGUGAAAGCCCAGGCCGGCCCGGCCCGGUUUGGCCCGCUAAUACAGAAAAGUUGGAUAAAAGUCUUUGCACUUUCUACUGGAAGUUCUUAUGCUUUCCAGAAGGUUUUUACGUGUGUCUGCGUGAAAUUAAAAAGUCUAGUCGGAUGACUGGAACAUCCGUACAGGUAGCUAAAAUCUAGCCAAAAAGUUGGAUUGUGUUGAAUUUUUUAAUCCUAUAGGAAGUUAGCUAUAUAAAAUUAUUUACGUUAUAAGGUAAAUGGUUAACCAAAAACUGGUUAAACACUUUUAUUUACAUAGAGGAUUCAAAAUUACAGUGGAAUUUUUAAAUUUAUCAUAAAAAAAUUCGAAGACUUUUGCCCGACCCUUACAUAUUUGGGUGGGAUUUUACAUAUACAUAAUAAGUUACACAUACAUAAUUUUAAAGGGUAGUAAAACAGCGUAUAAGUCAAAAAAGGUUUAAUCUAAUUUCCAUCCAUUCUACAAAGCAUUUGUACUUUAUUUUGCCGGUUUAGCGUUAAAAAUUUUUUACUUAUCUACCUUCCGGGCCGGGCCGAAGCGAUCAGGCCGGCCCAGGGCUUUUUCAAAUCUGCUCAGGCCCGGCCCGGCCCAAUCACCGGGCCCGGCCGGGCCGGGCCGGCCCAGCCCGAUUGCCACCUCUAGGUAUGCCUAGUACAAUAUAAUUUGAAAAUUUGAUUUUUUCGGAUACUAGUGGUGGAUAUUUUGCUAGUUUAUGGUCUGAUAUUUGCUAUAGCCAAUUUCUAAAAGAAAAUUUCAAUUAUUUGCUUCGUAUUUUUCUUUUUUUUAAGAAAAUUGCACUGGUGAGCCUAGUGUAGUAUAAUUGUAAAAAAAUUUUGGGAUUAAUUAAAGUAAUUAAUGUUUUGAUAAAAUGGGAUGUGAAGAGUAGUGUGGGACUGUUUUUUGUUUAUAAAAAUUUUUUUGGAGCCAUGUUUUAGCCAUUUUUGCGAAAUUUUUUGGGUUUUUGGUCUAAAAAAUCGAAUUUUUGGCAUUUUUUGGGUUUUAAUUGUAAGAAAAAUUGCAUUGAAGGGUCAGUUAACUCUUCUUGAAGAUUGAGUUGUUUUUUGUUAGCCUAUUUUACUAAAAAUUUCCACUUUUUUCACCCAAAAUAUCUUAACUAUGCCCGUUUUCACAAGACAAAAAACCCAAUAUCGAAUAGUAAAAGUGGAUAUGACUUGCGUAAUAGACCUUUGGAACGCCAUUUCUGGCCCUCUCGCAUUUGUUUUCGCUAACACCCCGCUUACCUAAAUAACACAAAAAGAAUUUCUGUCUGCUCAUGGGUAACAUAAUUUUGGCAAUUUCAGUUGAACGAAAGCAUGCUCAGCGACGACGAAUGGCACGAUGCAACAAGUGAUGGGAUUUUUGAUGACGCUUCGGGAGUUUAUGAGUCGAUCAGGAAUCGGGUGAGAUUUUGGGAUUUUUUUAUUUUUUGGGGGGAAAAAAUACAGGGUGGGGCAUCUUUGUGGCCCGAUUUGAAUUGACUAUAACUUCUUUAGUUUUUGGCCAAAUUUUAAAAUUCUUUUUUUUUGCCUGAAUCGUCAGCCAACCCCAUUUUGUUUGAUACCAAAUACGUUAUACAUAGGUAAGUGUCAUCUACAGUUAUUGGAUUUAUUCUUGGAGUUCAUUUUUUUUAGUCGUUUUUCGGUUGUUUUUUCGGUCUUUCCCGGUGUGUCCGAAAAUGGAGUCCGGUGUGGAAGAAAAGGCUUGGUCUGUGGUUUGGUAUAUAGCAAGUACGGUUCGGCGCUAAAUUUUCAAAUGGGGAUACCGCAUGAAAUACGGACGUAAUGCCUAACCUCCAGAUCGCAAGACAAUUCGACGUUCGUGGAAUAAGUUCCUUGAGACUGGCAACGUUAACAGGAAACAAAAAAAGCAGGAAAGAUGAGUACGAACGGAGCUGAAAAUUUAAGAAGUUUUGUCAAAAUUCCGAGAAAAUCCGCAUAUGAGUACACGAAGUUUGGCCAGAACCGAGGGAAUGCCUUCAGCAAGGACCAUUCGACGAACUCUAGAGGUUGAUCUUCACUUUUUGUUUUUAUUCUCAUCGUCGAUUUUCGGGAGGGUAAAUUCCGCCGCAUUUUUCUUCCGCACCGUACUCCAUUUCUGGACACACCGGGAAAGACCGAAAAAACAACCGAAAAACGACCGAAAAAAUAAACUCCAAGAAUAAAUCCAAUAACUAUAGAUAUACACUUCCUAUGUAUAACAUAUUUGGUAUCAAACAAAAUGGGGUUGGCUGAGGAUUCAGGGAAAAAAAGAAUUUUAAAAUUUGGCCAAAAACUAAAGAAGUUAUAGCCAAUUCAAACCGGGCCACAAAGAUGCCCCACCCUGUAAAAAUUUUUAUGGGAUGUUUGGUUGUUUGAAGGUUUGCAAAGUUUUUUAAAUAUUUUUCUGCGAUUUUUAGAACUUUUUAUUUUUAAAAAUUUUUUUGAAAAUGAGAUUUUUUGAUUUUAAAAAAAUUUUUGGACGAAAAUUAUUUAUUUUUUCAAAUAUUUUUACUCGAUUUUCUGCUUGAUUUUUGAAACAAAAAGGCCAAUGUUUAUGCAAACAGAGCCCAGACGCUCCGUUUUUUGAUUAUUGAGUCAUUGGCUUCCUUUUUUUGCGAUCAGAAAUUUAUUCUCUUCUUAGCUGGUUUAUUUGGCCAGAAAAUUUUUAUUUAUGGUAUUAGAAAUAUGGCGAAGGAAAACGAAGAACGUAUUUUAAAAAAAAUUAAAGUGAAAAAGGUUUUUUGGGGGGUUUUUGAGAUUUUUUUAAAUAAACAAUAUCAAAAAGUACGUUUUUUGCACCUAAACAACUUUUUUCGGGCUAAAAUACGGAUUAAAAAAAACUGCGUUUUUUGAGAUUUUUUCGAUAUUUUUUGGAUAAAAAAAUAUUUUUUUUGCGUUUUGGAAACAAUCAAAAAAGUGAAAAAAAUGUUUUUUCGACCUAAAGUACGAAUGAUUUUUAAAAAAUCUUUUUGAAAUUUUUGAUUUGCAAAGCGAUGACUCAGAAAUUCGUGAUAAAUUUGAUCAAAAUAUGCUCCGAUGAGCAUUUACUAUUACAAUGCAACUAUUUUUUGUAAUUUUUUAUCCCACGAAAUUUUGUUUGUUCUCCGGAAAUUACAAAAAAAAGCUGUCCGAAACGCCAAAUCAUUGGACCAAUUUCCCAAUGAAAUGACUCAUUAGAGCGUCGGAAUUAUCUAUACAAAUUGUUGGUGUGAUUUAUUUUUUAUUUUCACGCCGCUGUGAAGAUGUUUCCAGUUUAAAGUUUUAAUCACCCUCGAUUCUUGGACCUUUUAAUGUCUUUUUAACAUUCUUGAAGGGUUCGGAGUUAUCAUUUGCGGAUUAAAAAUGGUGGAAAAGAAAAAGUUACAUAGAUUAAACGAAAUUUAUUGGCAUUUUAGCACCUUUUUUGGUCAUGUGUAAUAUAAAAAAUGAUGAAAAUCAAGGAAAGUUUAUGUUAAUUUAGAUCUAGAAGGCAUUUUUAUGCAUAUGUUGUAUUGGAACUUCCCAUAGACACGCAAAUUAUCUAGUUUUGAGCGAUUUUUUGAUCAAAUAUAAUAUAAAAAAUGAUGAAAAUUGAUGUUAAUUUCACUAUUUUAGUGUAUCAAAAAUUUUUGAUUUUUAGGAAUUUUACCUCUUUUUCUUUAUCAAAAAUUUUCGAAAGCCCCGAAAUUUUAUGUUCCGUUUUAUGACAAAUUCUGUCCGAAAAUGAGAGAAAAGCCUCAUGAGAAAAAGGUUUUUGGAUACAAAGAAUAUGGAGAUUUGGGAUUCUUGGAGACGGCGCGUAUUUUAAAAAUAAUUUUUGCCGUAUUUAUAUUCUAUUUUAUAUUAUUUUAGGCAAUUUCUGGCCUUUUUUUGGAUUUAAUCCGAAUAUUUUUUUGUUUCCUUAUGGGCGAUAAAUAACGGGCAAGAAGGUCAUAAAACAAAGAAAAAUAACUUGGGCAAAUUUUUUUCACAAGGAAAGUACUUCUAUGGGGUAUGGAGUUACAGGUCGAGUCAUAUAUCAAAAAAUUCGUGAAAUUUUUCUGAUUCAGAAUGUGUACAAAUUAGCUGCCUAAUUUUGGUCUGUAAGGGUGAAAAAACCCUCGGAACUUUUCUCGCAACACCAUGAAAAUGCGCCUUAUUUACAUUGCAACUACUAAUUAAGGUGUAGUAUAAUUUAAGUUUGAUGUUUUGAGGCUUGUAAAGAUACCAGAGUUUACUUUAGCUCAAAGACAAGCUUUUGAUUUGGUAAAACUUGGUCAAGAAGGCAUUUGCGUGGUGUUUCGAGAAAAGUUCCGACGUUUUUUUCACCCUCACAAACCAAAAUUAGGAAGCUAAUUUUUACAUAUUCUGAAUCAGAAAAAUUUUGCGAUUUUUUUUGAUAUAUGACUCGACCUGUAACUCCAUACCCCGUAGAAGCACUUUCCUUGUUAGAUUUUUUUUUUUUUAAAUUGGAUUUUCCCUCAAAAAUGAGUGAUUUUUGCAGAAUCUCACCCCUCAACCGCCACGUCCCGACCAGAUGACUCUUAUGGAAUCAGAGGCCCCGAUUUUCGCCGAAAUCCGCCGAAUCGCCGACGAGCAAUUGAGCCACGCGCUGGCCUCGGUGGACGAAGCUUCCGGCAAUUGGGAGCUGUUUGUAAAAGACGGCGAAAUGAGAAUGUAUAAAAUGGAAAAUGAGGUCGAUGGAGUUGUGUCCGACCCUCUAAAAGCCAUCCAUUUUGUUGAUGUAGGCCCUGAAAUAAUGUAAAUGUAAUAUAAAUUUAUGUUCAGGGAGUGUCUGCCCGAGAAUUUAUCGAACAUUUCUACGACCCCGAUCUUAAAAAGGAGUGGGAUGGUGAGUUUUGAACGGAUUUUUUUUGAUUUUUAGAAGUCUCUUGGAGAUUUUUAUUUUAUUUUUUUAAAAAUCUUCGGGAAAUUUGGAGUAUAUUGAGAAAGGACGUAUUUUACAAUAUUUUUUUUGUUGAAAAUUGCAGUUUUGGACCUUAUUUUAGCCAUCGUUCAACUUGUCUCGACCAAAAAUUCUAAUUUUCAGGUGAAAACCAAAUAAAUGUUGAUAAAAUUGGUAAAAUACGGUAAAAUUUUUUAAUGGUAUGCCUUUAUAACUCAUGAAUGAUUUUUUCGAAUAAAAAUCACCUUAUUUUAGGUAUUUUUGCUGAUUUUUCCGUAAAAAUAAGAAAAAUUUCGAUGAAAAUCCAAAAAUUUCUCCGGAUUUCCCGAUUAAAAAAAGGAGAGAAAGCGAUAAUUUAUGGUUUAUUUGCUGCAAUUUACAGUCGUUGUUAAAACCCCGCCCGCAAAAACGGUUUUUUAUUGGUCUUCGACAGCUUGAAGAUCGCUAAAAAAAAGGGGAGCUUUGGAAGGGAACCGGAUUAAAAACUCGCGAUGACAUCAUUCCGCUUCCCACGGUUCGGUGGUUAUCCCAUCAGCCGUUCCGAUGGACCUGUUCGCAUCAAUAAUUGACUUUGGUUUACGAUUUGUACAGGGUUUUUUUAAAAUAAGAACUCAUUUUUUGAAUGUAUCCUUUCAAAUUUGAACAGAUAAACAAUAAAUUCAUCCUCUGUCUACCAUUCUACACCCUAUCCAAUUCAAAAUUCCUCGAAAACCCCCAAAAUUCGUUCAAAAAAAUCUAUUUUUCCAUCUACAACAUACAGGGUCUUUUUCAAAAAACGUGAAGGAACGCCGGAGACUAUAACUUCCGGCGGGGGCGGCGCAGAGUCUUCGUUUUUGGAAUAUAUAUUUUUAAGCGACAUUAAUUUUUGCCUAUGAAAUAAUAAGAUUUUAAAGUGAAAACUGAGGUCGCUACGACCUUUUGAAGUAGGGCCCUUUUGCCCCAGUUUGCACUUUAAAAUCUUGUUGUUUCACAGGCAAAAGUUAAUGUCGUUUAAAAAUACGUAUUCCAAAAACGAAGUCUCUGCGCCGCCUCCGCCGGAAGUGAUAGCCUCCGGCGUUCCUUCACGUUUUUUGAAAAGCCCUGUAUGUUGUAGUAGGAAAAAUAGAUUUUUUUGGACAAGUUUGUUGGAUUUUUGAGGAAUUUUGGAUUGGUUGGGGCGUAGAAUUGUUGACAGAGGAUGAAUUUAUUGUUUAUCUGUUCAAAUUUGGGAAGAUUGUAGAUAGAGCUUUUUAGCAGUACUUGUUCGAUCAAAUUUGUCGCUUUUUCAUCAAAAAUCGACUUGAUUUUUGUCUUUAUUUUUGAGAUUUUUUGAAUUCGUCAGUGUAGUUUCAAUAUUGCCUCAAAAAAAUUGGUUCAAGUCUAGACGAAACGAACGAUUUUAAUGUCAAAAUUAAUCACUAAAAAAGAGAGAAUCAAUUUUGAUGAAUAAUCAAUCGUAGCCUCCGUUUUCAGACCGGUAAUUCCUUCGGAAAUCCGAAAAAACAGCAAUUUUUAGUGUAAAACCGGUUAAAUCUUGAAUUUUUUGCUAUCAGAGGCGUUGGUUUGCGAGAUCUUGCUGUAGAAUCAGUCAAACAAGCAGUUGAGAUUUGAAUUUGUUUGUUUAUCAGCCGAAAUUUUACAAUUUUUUUGAAUUUCCGCCAUUUUGGCAUUGCGUUUUAGGGGUCGGAAAAGGUUACUGAUGGAGUAUAAAUGGUAAAAAUAGUCGUGUUAUGAGUUUAUGAGACUGAAUAAUAAUUUUUGGAGCUUUGGAAAACAAUUUGUUAUGUUAUCCAUGGUAAAAUUUUUGCGGAAUUUAUCCGAUUUGAAGCCUCUGGAGGAUUACUGAUUGCGGGGAAAUUGUAUAAAAAGUAAUAAUAUGGAGGAUGGCCACUGACUUUACUUUUUCAAGCCCCUUUUAAAGGAUUUGCUAUAUUAUCCAUGACAAAUCUCCCAAAAAUGUCCUUAUUUACCUUCGAAACCGAACUCCGGUCCACUCAUGCGGAUUAAAAUUCCCUCAAUGGCCAAAAAAGACGUCUUAUCCCCGUUUGCGGAAGUUCCCCCGAGGCUAAAGCCAGGAAUAAACAACCCAGAAUGACCAUUCCGCCGGAGGGAAACGGCCCUUCCGCCCCAAUAUUUUGACCAAAAAUUCGUUGACAAACACGAUUUCCGUGAUGAAAAAUGACUGGAUUUGGGGGAAUUCAACGGAAUGGUGUCAGUUUACAGCCGUUCCGCAGCUUUAUGUUUGCUUUGGGCAGGUAAAAAGGUUAUUUUCGAAGGCUUUGCUGUAAUCACAAGACGAAAGGAAGUUGUAGGCGGCCGAAAUGGCAUUCCUUUACUAUUUGUGGACAUAAUACAGUAGUUUGGAGAGAUUUGAGGAGGAAUUGGGGAAAGAUUAUAUUGUAGUAGGUAAGGUUUGGAAAAUUGAUGAAAUUGAUGUUGUGCUGUGACAGACUGGUAUUCAAUGGGUGUUAGAAGAAUUUCUGUGGCAUUUUUGGCACUUUGACUUUGAAUCAGGGGAUCUUUUUAGGCUCUAAGAUCAAAAUUUUUUAUAAAUUAUAUUGCACUAGGUAAAAAAAUUGUAUUAUUGAUGUCAUAAGUACAUUUAAAUACAUUGUUACGCUGUUUAUAAGUGUUAACAAUGUUUUUCUCCAGAAAAUUUUCGAUUUGCCUCCAGAAAUCAUCAAGAAUUAUAUUGUAGUAGGGAAAAUUUUCGAAAUCUGUCGGUUUGUCUGAAACUUUUGAUGUUUCUGAUCGAAAAACGGCUAAAGCCAUAGUAAAGACCAUUUCCCUUCUAAAAUACUAGUUUCGUACUUACCAUAUAAGAACUUCCCCACCCACGGAUGAACGAACUAUUUGCACAAGUUUCCCCCUUUUCCAUUGUUUACAUUUCCCCUACGUGGAAGUCCUUGACGGGAUUAUUAAGAUCAGGGAUGGCGUUUGUUUAGGGACGUGUGUACUUGCUGGUUUCAAAUUGAGUGCAUAGGGAAGUCUUUUUCGCGUAAUGUAAUGUCAUUGGUGAUGUGUAACGCAAAAAAAAAGAAUGUGGAUAUUUAGAGAUUUUUUAGUAAUUUUUAGUGUAAAAUACGAGUGGAUUGCUUUUUCCAUUCAGACCUCUUAAACUAAAUUUUCAUAUUAGGUUGGACGGAAAGUUCGUACGAUUUUUUACUGGCGCUAUUUUUUCUUGCGCUGAUGAAAAAGACAAACACCAAUAUAUGGUGUUGGUAGGGGAUAGGCAUCCCUAUCUGGCAGUACAACCCUCAGCCAUCUUAAGCAUGUACGAACUGAGAACUUAAUUUAGACAUUUACCCAUCUUUGGUCUACAAGUAGAGAUUCUUGGCUGGUUUGUUUAGCAAGGCCAACCAGGAAACUGCUUUGGCACUGCUAAAAAGCCUUCUUCUGAAGCUGUUAAUAUGCGUAAAGUCGUCGGGGAUUAAAUCAAAACAUAGUCAAAAAACUUGACUUUUGCGGGACUACCCCAAGUUUCAAUAUAAUUGCAACCGCCGCUUUGCCGGUGCAUUCCUAUGUGUAAAAUUAUGAUAUGCAGAAACUAAGGGCAAUCCCUUACACUCAGCUACCCCUCAUUAGCCAAUUGUUUUACCGUAUGACAUAACAGAACUAAAUUAUCUUUUUUCAAAAAGUCGUUGGUGAACUGUUGAACCAUCCCGUACAAUUCAAAAAAAAGCUCAUUGCACCUUUAUACUCCUCCUUUUCUAGGGUGCAAAAUAGAGCCGCUUUAUUGCUCUACUACUUCGCGAAACAACGGGCUGCCAUUGUUAACUGUCACAAAAUUAUACGCAUUUCUCUACAGCUAUAGUUUUUGGCAAUUUUGUCUCUUUGUGGAUAACCCAAGGCGUCUAUGAUCCGGUUUACUGAUGUUGCGCGUAAAGGGCUCUCCAUAUGCCUUACUGAACCCUAUUACAGAGACAGAUCAUAAGCAAUACGCGGAAUAAUAAGAAAAAGUUUUCAUGAGGGGCCUUUGCUGAAGAUUUAGUUGAAAGUGUUACCAUUAUUUUAUCCGACACACUUUUUUAUGAUUUCUAAUUGUGUUUAUCGUAAUCAGAAAGACCACUGGACACUGCGUACAAAGUUUCAGAGCUUUAUCAAAAGCGAUCUGGAAACUAGAGCUUGCGUUCUGGACCCCACCCGAAAUAGCCGCAAAGCGGAAAAUCUCUUAUAAUUAAACUCGUUUUGGCGGAGCUAACGAUUGGCACGUAGCACAUAAAUCAGCACACUGUACUCUUGUAUAGGCUAGGUAUUUACGGUGGGCACUCGGUCUUGGCGCGAAAAAAAUUAAAUUGAAAUUUGGGUAAAAAAUCGUACGAACUUUCCGUCCAACCUAAUAAAUGAAAAUUUUUAUAGCAGAUCAGAACGAAGCACAGUGCGGGACAGGAUCCAGUAGUCAAAAGCGCUUCUGAUUGCAUCCGGGAGACAUUCAGAAUACCACUAAUACUUCCCUCUCUGACCGAAAAUAGCGUUAUCUUCAAGAGUGAGCCAGAAAGUUGCCCUUUUGAAAAGAGAAGAGAGGAAACGUUUCGGUGAGGCAUCGCCUUCCCUCUACUCUUUCCCGAAAGGGCAACUUUCUCGCUCUCUUCAGAAGAAUGCUAUUUUCGGUCAGAGAGGGAAGUAUUUAGUGGUAUUCUGAAUGACUCCCGGAUGCAAUCAGAAACCCUUUUGACCACUGGAUCCUGUCCCACACUAUGCUUCGUUCUGAUCUGCUAUAAAAAUUUUCAUUUAUGAAAGUUUAGUUAAAGAGGUCUGAAUGGGCAAAGCGACCCCAACGUAUGUUACACCAAAAAUUAAUAAAAACUCUCUAAAUAUCCACAUUUUUUGCGUUACACAUCACCAAUGACAUUAUAUUAUAUUACGCGAAAAAGCUUCCCUAUGCACUCAAUUUGAAAUUCAUCCCAUAAAUUUGAUCUUUAAAUAUGUCAUGAUGACGGAUUUUCUGGAAAUUCCGUAAUUUCUCCCUAAAAUCCCUAACGUUUUAUCUGUCGACAAUUGUAGUUCUAAAAUUCCUGUUUUCAGACACCCUUGUGGCCUGCAAACUAGUGGAUCGGCUGAAUGAAGAGACCGUCGUCCUCCAUCAGCUCCAUAAACGGGUAUGGCCAGCUGCCCAAAGAGAGUCCCUGUUCUGGUCCCAUUUCCGCGAAGUGCACGAAAAACGCGAGGAAGGUCAUAAAGACGCCUUCUUCGUCUGUAAUCACGAUUGCGAACGGGACGAUGUACCGGUAAGAAAGAUUUUUGAUAGCUGAUUAUAUUACACUAGGCGAAGAUUGACCGAAAAUUCAGAAUUUUGAUGGAUUUUGGUGGUGAUUGGUUUUUGGAUUGAAGAGGAGACUAUUUUCUGUCUGAUUGAACUGUUUUGCAUAUUAAUUUUUCGUUUUUUGACAUUUGAUUAUAUUACACUAGACAAAAUUUUAUGCAAAAUUGUUUAUUUUUUAGGGAUUUUGAUGUCGAUUGGAGCCUAAAUUGAACAAAUGGGUGUUUUACUGGCUGAUUAUGAUGUUUACUUGCAGAAAUGUAUAUUAUACUUGAUAUUAAAAAGUCAAAAUUAAGAUUUUUUCCCAAGUCUUAAUUGAAAACACCCUAAACUUUUUUCCACGAGCAGUUUUUUUCUCCCAUUCCCUCCAGAUGCACCCCCCGUUCGCUGUAAUUAAAAUUCAAAGCCCGAGGAACGCCGGCUUAACACUAUUUCGCCUCUGUUUUUUGUGAUUUCGAACGCAAAACGUCCAAAGAAUUAGAAUAUGUUCGGGGAUUUAUGGGAAUUCGGGAAUGAGAAGGCCCAUAAAUGGAAUUUUUAUAGGGCGCAAGGGUUUGUUUGGUCUCUUGGAUUGGAUUUGGACCUUGUUUUAGGUGAAAAAAAGGUAAAAUAAGGAUGAAGUUUCGGGAAAUUGUGGGAAAAUGUGGUGGAUUAUGAAAGAAAAUUGUUGGAAAUGGUGUUUUAGUUGAGAUUUAAGAGCAUAGGGUUUAGUUUUAGCGAUUUUUGACCUUAUUUUAGGUAUAAAGUGUAAAAUAUGGAAGUUCUUUGAAGUCUUUGGCCGAUAAAUUGAAUUGUUUUGUCGGAAAUACUUGGGAUAUGACCGGUAAAUCGUUCUGAGUCCGUUUACAGAUAAUUGUGUUGCUUUUCAAGACAUUUCGGACCUUAUUUUAGGUAUAGCAGAAUAAAAUAAGGUCAAUAAUUGUUGAAUUUUUGAUGAAGCUUGGGUGAUUUGGUGUCUAAGUGGCCAAACGUGAAGUGUAUUUUCAAUUUUGAUACUUUCUAUUCUAGUUUUAGACAGUAUUUUAGCGAAAAAAUUGAAAAAUUACCACAAAUAGCUGUUUUUUAAAUAAAAAUCGAAAUUUUUGCUAACUUUACGUUUGUUUUCAGCUGACCGACUCAUCAUGUGUGCGCGUUGGCCUGACGAUUGCAAUGCUGUGCCAAACGCAAGUGAACGGUGACCCGGAAAACCCCUCCCGACCGAAUGUCCGCUGCAAAAUCAUCUACGUCGCUCAAGGUCAGCCUUUUUAAAGAAAAAACACUCUCGAGACCUCGGGAAAGGCUCUCAAAAAAGGGUAAAUGAACUCUUUGAGGUCACCCAAAUAAGACAGUUCGAGGAUCCACUCUGUUUUGAGGUUUAAAAGGGGGUUUUGGUCAUUUUUGCCGAUAUUAAUCAUGAAAUCUGGGGAAAAGUCGAUUUUAUGGGUGAAAAUAAAUGGGAAGAUGGAUAAAAUAAGGUGAAUUAGAGAGUUUAUGCUCUGUUAUUUUGGUUUGUGAAGUGUUUCCGCUUUGAAAAUUGAAGGGAACACCAGAAAAAUCCGCCGAAAGGCUUAUUUUGACCUUGUUUUAGAUUAAAAUUGACGAAAGUAUAUUUUUUCUGUUGGAAGAGUGUGAUAAAGUGUAUCAGAAGACAGCAUGCACUUUAAUUAAGGUGUGUCUUAUAUUUAUUGCCUGUAAAAUUGAUAAAAAUGGCAUAUUCUCCAACUUUUUGACCUUAUACUAGGCUAAAUUUUCAAAAACAAGUUAAUUUGGUGGCUAAAACGAUGACUAAUGCCUUCUGAGAAAAUUAUAAAGCAAUUCCGACCCCCUUUCUUCGUUUGCGCUUAUUAGCAAUAGUUCAUAAAGCCCGCCGACAAACAUUCGGACCUUGAUUUUGGUUAUAUUAUACUAGGUCCGAAUCACCUCCCACGCGCUAAUCCCCCUCCCUUUCCACGACAUUACCCCCUGAAACGUCAACAAUGAGACCCGUACGCUGCGCUAAGCCUCUUUUCAUAAUUGGUUCAGCCCUCACGGAAUAGGAGAGUCAAAAAAACGAAAAAUCCGAUUUUUGACCUAAAUUCUGGUGUUUCAGUGCCUUUCCGAGCGUUUGCACGCGAAAUUAUCCCCUGCGUUUCGAGGAUCUGCGAUAUCCGACAUUUGUCGGCGUUCAGAGCGGAUAUUACGCCGAAACGAGGGGUUAUUAAUAUUAUACUAGAGGUCAAGAGUCAUAAAUCGAAAAUAUUUGAUGCCGUAAUGGAUUAUAAACGCUAGAAAGGCUGGAAUUAUCUAGUAGAUUGGCUGUGGGAUGUUUUGGAAUCAAAAUGUGGCGAUUGGUUUAGUAAUUUUAGGCAAAAAUUGGGUAAAUUUAUGUUAUACUAGGUAAAAAAUAAAUAUUUUUCUUUUGUUUUUAGAUGGUUCCGCGGUUUAUAGAGCUGAAAUAGAACCUAAUAAGAAUUUUAAAAGCGUUUGUUCUCUAAUUUUUGUUUUGAUUUUUGGAUAAGAAUAGGAUAUUGUUGUAGGUGGUUUGACUAAUAAAAAUGGGCGAUUUUUUCGCUGUGUCGAGGUAAAAUUGAGAUUCUUUUGGAUGAUUGUGCCGCAAUAAGAGCGCUGAAUCUUUAAAGAUCUUUUAAAGAUAUUCGGAGAUGAUUUUCAGCCUUCAAUUUUUUAUCUAAAAUAAUGUAGGUUAGUGAUUGAAUUUUUUGGUGAAAUGGCCUUUUCAUUGGCUAUUUUGGAUAAUUCGAGGCCUCGAUUGGGCUAUAAAAGAGAUUUGUAAGCAUCUAGAGUCGCAAAAUUCUUAUUUACAUUCCGUUUUAUACCUAUUUUUUUGUUACCUAAAGUAAUAUAAAAUUUUUAAAUUAACUAAAGUUGGGUCUUCUAGAGUGGCGUAAUGAUAAAAUAACAUUUAAUGGGACAAACAAAGAGAUAUCAGAUCGAAAAGAGGCUGUAAAAAAGUAGCAGGGACCAUUCUUUGUCAAUUUAUCGAAAGGUCAUUUUAGGUAAAAAAAGAGAAAAAUUAAUGAUAAAGUAACAUUUAAUGCAGAUUUUGAUCUUCUCAAAUUCCAGAACGCUCGGAAAUAGCUUGAUCUAUAGUUAUAUCCAUCAAUUUUUAUAAUACAGUGACGGAUCCAAUGACAAAAAACGUACCAUUUUGCAUCCGAGAAGUAUCAAAAAAUGUAGCAAAAUGCCUCCUUUGCCAAGUGAAAAAACCGAUUUUUAAAGCGGCCUGCUCUUUUUGUGAAAAAGGCGCCCUUUAAAACGGAGUUUUUAGUUGGCGAGGGAGGCAUUUUGCUACAUUUUUUGAUACUCCCCGGAUGCAAAUGGUACGUUUUUUGUCACUGAAUCAGGUCUAUCACAAUAUUGUAAAAAUUGAUGGAUAUAACUAUAGAUCAAGCUAUUUCCGAGCGUUCUGGAAUUUGAGAAGAUCAAAAUUUGCUUUAAUAGUUACUUUAUCAUUAAUUUUCCUCUUUUUUUACCUAAAAUAACCUUGACCUUUCGAUAAAUUGACAAAGAAUGGUCCCUGCUACUUUUUCACAACCCCUUUUCGAUCUGAUAUCUCUUUGUUUGGCCCGUAAACUAUACAAAUACAAAAGAUGCACGUCGUUUUUUACAAAAAUAUAGUUUUUGUCCGAAAAGUUUACUUCAAAAAGCGAUUUUUGACAUGAAAAAAGGCGGAAAUCCCAUUUGUUUUUUCUUUAUGUUCCGUUUGUAUUGCGAAUGUUUGAGGGCAUAGGAAAACACGUAACUUUUGUAAGGUUUCGAUAAUUUUUUUGGAUUUUUUUUACUGUUUAUGACGUAAAAUUAUAUUUUUCGUCAGGAAGUAGCGUAAGAACCCCUAAAAUCCCCCAAAUUUUCAAGUGGAAAUACGGUAGGAAGCCUUGGAAUUGCUUUCCUGACCUUUUGGAUCUAGUGUAAAUAGAGGAAAUAUCGGAAAAGGGGCUUGGAUUUGUUUAAUCUUCAUGAAUUUGACGAAAUUUUUAAAAAAAAUUUUUUAAUUUGCAGACGAAAACGUCAAACGUCUUUUUUUUCUGACUGUAGAAAAUUCCGGAGAGCGUUUGUUUGAACAGCAGAUUGAAUUUUGCAAAAAAAAACUAUUAUUUUAGACCUUACUUUAGAUAAAAAUGAAAAUUUUUUACCUUGUUUUUUUGUUCUUCAAUUGUGAGCUGGUUUCCAAUUCCAAGUUAUCUUUAGACCCUGAAUGUUGUUAUUUUCUUUAUCACGUGUAUUUUUAUUGACGUUGGAGGCCUGAUAAGAGCUUUUUUGUUCGGAAAAUUGGGACUUUUCUUGAUAAACGAGCCUAAAAAGCUAAAAAAUAGAUGAUUUCAUUGGAAUUUGCUGCUUUUUUUGGUGGAAUAGUUGGAUUAGAGUGUUUUAAGGUGUAGUUGUGAUGUAGUAGUGAAAGUAGUCGAUUUGAAAUUGAUUAUUUUUUCAAAAAUCUCGAUUUUUUAAACGAUUUAUGGGGGUAAAUGGACAAAAAUUUUUGUUAAGGGGCUACAGAAUGUAGUAAUACGAUUGAGUCAAGAGUUAUUCGAAGCUUUUUUGAUUGUUUCUGACUGUUUUAUUCAAAAAAAAUUCAAUUUCCAAAGAAUUUUGGGGGAAAAGGGCAAAACUGGGAAUUUAAAAUUUAAAAGAGGACUGAAUUAUUAGCAAAGCAUUCUAAACGGUCUUGGGGGUCCUGUAUAAUAGAAAUCUAAAAAUUUUCUAUUUCGGGAUUACUGUAAUUUUCGUUUUUUUUGAUCUUUUGGGUUUGUAGGAUAGGGACCGGCGAAAAAUUAAAAUUUCGUAUGAAAAAUCGGAAGGUAUUGUGGGUAAAAUGUUUUCCAAGUAACGUAGAGUCCCUGUACGACGUGCUUCAGAAUAAUUUUGUGCAUAUCUUACUGUAUUUUUUUAAAUUUUUACAAUUUUCGAGAAAUUUUUGGGUAUAAUGGCUAAAAUUGCAAGUUUUAUGUAAAAAAUCAUCUAAUAUUGUCGCUAAAGUGCUUUCAAAGUCACAUGGGGUCUCUGUGCCAUGUGUUUCAGAGUAUUUUUUAUGCAUACCUUACUGUAUUUUUUAAAAUUUUUACAAUUUUUGAGAAAUUUUUGGGUAAAAUGGCUGAAGUUGAAAAUUUCGUGAAGAAAAUCAUCCAAUAUGUUCGCUAAAGUGCUUUCAAAUAAUUAUUUAUGUCAUUAUCGUUCUAACAACAUCAUUUUUCAGUGCAUCCCGGCGGUUGGGUGCCGGCCUCAGCCCUCCGGCAAGUCUACAAACGGGAAUACCCCAAAUUCCUCCGACAAUUCAGCGCGUACGUGCUGAAGAAGGUGAAGGACAAGCCGCUCAAAUUGUAG